UGAAUUGUUUAUUAAGCUGCAGCGAAUGGUGUUUUAUGUAAAAGCGAAAUUGUAACAUACGGACUGCCUGUAAAAUUGAUAUUGUAUUUCAUAUUUGCUUGAAGGAAAUAGACAAAUUUGAUUUGUUUUAUUUAGUAUUCUGGGUCUUUGAAUUUAUAGGAAAAUAUGGGUACAGAUGACAAGAGAAUUGAGAAGCAGAAGAAAGACCCUGACACAAUCAUAAAAGAUCUUGGCGGAUGUGGAAGAUUUCAAGUGCGUAUGACUGUAAUUGUUCAUCUUAUGAAAACUAUAUUCUGCUUUAGUACUUCAAAUCUACUGAUCAGCACGGCAACACCAACGUGGUGGUGUGUUAACGAUGAUCAUGCGAGCAAUGAGUCCCAUUAUACAAAUAUGGAAAACGCAUCGGUACAUUAUGACAAUGAAAUGGCUUGCACAGCGAAAAAUGGUACAAAAUGCACAACAGUUACAUAUGACAGCAGCUUAAAUUCGCUUGUAAACGAGUUUGAUUUAAUCUGUGAUAAGGAUUUCAUCCCAGGUACGCUCAGCUCUCUCCAACUCACUGGACAGUUAGCUGGCAAUAUCAUAUCUGGACAACUUGCUGAUUUAUUUGGAAGGAAACGUCCGUUCUUUUCAUCAGUAAUGAUUUUAUUGACAUUCCAUGUGGUUGGCUUCUUUUCCGUUUCCUGGGAAAUGUUUGCUGUGUCAACGUUCUUUGUUGGGAUAAGCCAGGGUUUCUUUUUAACAAUCCAGUAUAACUUACUAUCCGAAUUUACACUGGCAAAAUGGCGUGUUUGGAUAAUUGGAUUCCCAUCGUGGCAAUUACAAUCCAGCCUUUUCGCUCUAAUUGCCUGGCUGCUUCAUGAUUGGCGAUACUUGCAGCUGAUGACAGCAAUAUCGGCCCUUCCCUGUUUGCUAGCAUGGUGGUUUAUACCGGAGAGUUUUCGAUGGUAUUAUGCUCAUGAUAAGCCAAAAGAAGCUAUGAACAUUAUAAAAACUGUGGCAAAAUUCAACAGACACGACCUCGUAAACAUAGAAAACAGUUUCCAAAGUCUUGAACUGGUAACAACAAAAAGUGAUAAAAGGUAUACCUUUUUACACUUGUUCAAGUCAAGAGCUCUGGCUAGAAUAACUCUGCUGUUGAUGAUUGACUGGUUUGGUCUCGGCUUAGUAGGGUAUGGUUUAUAUUUUGGCAUACAGAAACUUUCAGGAAAUAUUUAUCUUAACGCUUUCCUGUUUACUUUAUGUGCAAUACCUUCUAAAAGCAUCGCUUUGUGGCUGCAAAACAGAAUUGGCCGAGGAAACACCACGAUUAUUUGUUUUGUUAUCAUUGCUGUAAUAGGGCUGACCGUCGGCAUUCUGCAGACACUUGACGUUCCCCAUAAAGACGUUGUCACAAAUGUACUUUCGUUCACUGCAAACGCUGGGAUUGGUGCUGCAUGGUCAUCUGUUCAGACAAUCACCGUAGAAUUGUAUCCGACGGUAGUAAGAAACAUUGGAUUUGGAACGGUAGGCGUGAUUAGCGGGCUAGCCUCUGUUCUUGGACCUCAACUUGUUUAUCUGGAAUCAUACUUUUCUGGUUUGUUGUAUUAUGUUUGUGGCGCUGUGGCUAUCUUAUGUGUAUUGAGCACCUUGGCAUUGCCGGAAACAAAAGACAAAAAUCUUAACGACAAGAUUGCCGAAAUGACUAAACUGGACGGUAUUAGUUCCAUUGAUAUUGAAGUGGUAAAUAAAGCGCCCGAGAACGGAAACGUUGAGCAGAACGGACAUAUAUAAGAGAAGUGAAAAAACAAUUCAUGUUUCUAAUGAAUAAAGAUAAUCACAUUUAUCUUAUUACAUAUGUGCGCCAAAAUUUCGUAAUAAGAAAGGGUUAUUGGAACUAACUGAAGAUUACUCUACUCUGUUUUGAUAGGAAUAAAUUUGGUGUUGUUAAGAAUACGCGCCCGUUGGUCCGACCCGACAAAGAGAUGAUCAGGUAAUUUUGGAUAGUGAUUAUAAUGUUAUGGACAGAGUGGUAAAUUUUCUGUCUUCGUGACGGUGCAAGGUUCAAUCCUGACAGCUUUAAUUUGUUCAACGGUGUAAUCAAACAAUAAAAGCAACCACAUACACAUGCAUUCGAGAAGUUACAUAAAAAAUCUUAUUUAGAUAUUUAGGAGAAAACAUUUUUAUCAGAGUGCUCAUAAAAUAUCUCUUAUAACACAAUUGAUGAUAAACUCUCUGAGAAAGCGACAGCAAAUAUAUGUUAUUGUUUUUGAAUUUAGUAUACAAUCAUAUAAUUAACCAAAAGCAGUAAUAUUCGAAAGGUGGAGGUAACAUUUUUCUAAACGAAACAUAUAAUUGACACAAUCCUUUUUUUUUUAUUUUGAUUCAAAAUUUAAUAAAAAAACAUGUUUUCGGAAUUUUCGUUGCGGAGAGCAAAAUCAUUACAUAAUGAAAGCUCGGUACGGAAACAUGUUUAUUUGGAAUUAUAAGUAUUAAAUCAUUUUUUUCUGGUGUUCACGUUCUGGACUUUAUUCAGUGUGUGCGUUAAUCGGCAGGAUUUACAAUGCAUGAACACCAGAAAAAUGACUUAAUUCUAUAAACCAAAAAUUGCAUUUUUGAAUACUAGUACAUGAUCUUGUUUGUUUUUAAUCUUAGAAAAAUAAGAGAUCGGUGGGUAUUUCUGUGAUUGUUUUAAAACAAGUUGAUUGAUUGAUAUCUGUCGAGGGCCUUUGUUAUAUUUGGACACACAAUGAAUCAGAAAAAGAGACGUACCUGGUCCAAACCCCAAAUAUCUGUGGUCACGCUCAAAAGUACAAAAUUCUAAAGAUGUUGAAAAACGGCGCUAAAUCCAAAACAAAUAC